ACACAGGUCUGAUUACAACAACUUCAAGGAAAUUGGAUCGGGAACAGCAGGCGGAACAUUUUCUGGAGGUGACUAUGACAGAUGGCGGUUCCUCCCCGAAACAGUCAACCAUUUGGGUGGUGGUUCAGGUUCUGGAUGAAAAUGACAACAAGCCGCAGUUCCCAGAGAAGGUCUACCAGAUCAAGCUGCCGGAACGUGAUCGAAAGAAGAGGGGAGAACCCAUUUACAGGGCUUUUGCAUUUGACAGAGACGAGGGGCCCAACGCAGAAAUCUCCUACAGUAUCGUGGAUGGGAAUGACGAUGGAAAGUUCUUUAUUGACCCUAAAACUGGGAUGGUUUCUUCCAGAAAGCAAUUUACAGCGGGGAGUUAUGACAUCCUAACGAUAAAGGCGGUGGACAACGGGCGCCCACAGAAGUCUUCCACGGCCCGCCUCCAUAUUGAAUGGAUUAAGAAACCGCCCCCUUCACCUAUACCGUUGACCUUCGAUGAGCCGUUUUAUAACUUCACAGUCAUGGAAAACGAUAGAGUAACUGAGAUUGUGGGGGUGGUGUCUGUGCAGCCAGCUAACACCCCUCUGUGGUUUGACAUAGUUGGGGGGAAUUUUGACAGCUCUUUUGACGCAGAGAAAGGUGUUGGGACAAUUGUCAUCGCAAAACCUUUGGACGCAGAGCAGAGGUCCAUUUAUAAUAUGAGUGUGGAAGUCACCGAUGGGACAAAUGUUGCUGUCACUCAGGUAUUUAUCAAAGUGCUGGAUAAUAAUGAUAACGGCCCAGAGUUCUCUCAGCCGAGCUACGACGUGACAGUCUCUGAGGAUGUGCUUCCUGACACCGAGAUCCUGCAGAUUGAAGCCACAGAUCGAGACGAGAAGCACAAGCUGAGCUACACGGUCCAUAGCAGCAUCGACGCUGGCAGCAUGAGGAAGUUCCGGAUUGAUCCUAGCACUGGUGUGCUCUCCACAGCUGAAAGACUGGACCAUGAGGCCCAGGACAAGCACAUUCUCAAUGUCAUGGUCAGAGACCAGGAGUUUCCUUAUCGAAGAAACCUGGCCCGAGUCAUUGUGAAUGUGGAGGAUGCAAAUGACCACAGUCCAUAUUUUACCAACCCACUGUAUGAAGCAUCUGUGUUUGAAUCUGCUGCUCUGGGAUCAGCUGUUCUGCAAGUGACGGCUCUGGACAAAGACAAGGGGGAAAAUGCAGAGCUCAUAUACACCAUAGAAGCAGGGAACACCGGUAACACAUUUAAGAUGGAACCAGUCCUGGGCAUCAUCACUGUUUCCAAAGAACCAGAUAUGACAGCAAUGGGUCAGUUUGUCCUGUCUGUCAAAGUCACAGAUCAGGGGUCUCCACCAAUGUCUGCCACUGCAAUUGUGCGCAUUUCUGUCACCAUAUCUGAUAAUUCUCACCCCAAGUUCACUCAGAAAGACUACCAAGCAGAAGUAAAUGAAAAUGUUGACAUUGGAACAUCAGUCAUUCUAAUCUCUGCCAUCAGUCAAUCUACCCUUAUUUAUGAAGUCAAAGAUGGAAACACUGAUGGGAUCUUUACCAUAAAUCCAUACUCUGGAGUCAUCACCACACGGAAGGUCCUGGAUUAUGAGCACACUUCCUCUUAUCAGCUCAUCAUUCAGGCCACUAACAUGGCAGGGAUGGCUUCCAACACUACAGUCAAUAUUCAGAUUGUUGAUGAAAAUGAUAAUGCCCCAGUGUUUCUCUUCUCUCAAUACUCAGGCAGCCUAAGUGAGGCAGCCCCAGUCAAUAGCAUUGUCAGGAGCUUGGAUAACAGCCCACUAGUGAUUCGAGCCACCGAUGCUGACAGUAAUCGGAAUGCUCUGCUUGUGUAUCAGAUUGUGGAGUCUACAGCCAAGAAGUUCUUCACAGUGGACUCCAGCACAGGUGCCAUCAGAACAAUUGCCAACCUGGACCAUGAAACUAUCGCCCAUUUCCAUUUUCAUGUGCACGUGAGAGACAGUGGCAGCCCUCAACUUACUGCAGAGAGCCCUGUCGAAGUCAACAUUGAGGUGACAGAUGUGAACGAUAACCCACCUGUUUUUACUCAGGCUGUGUUUGAGACUGUCCUGCUUCUACCUACCUAUGUUGGAGUGGAGGUUCUGAAAGUUAGUGCCACAGAUCCUGACUCUGAGGUGCCCCCUGAACUGACAUAUAGCCUAAUGGAAGGCAGCCUGGAUCAUUUUGUAAUUGACUCAAAUAGUGGAGUACUCACCAUAAAAAACAACAACCUCUCCAAAGACCACUACAUGCUGAUAGUUAAAGUGUCUGAUGGGCGGUUUUACAGCACAUCCAUGGUCACCAUCAUGGUUAAAGAAGCCAUGGAUAGUGGCCUCCACUUUACGCAAAACUUCUACUUCACCUCAAUCUCAGAGAACAAUACUAACAUAACCAAAGUUGCUAUUGUCAACGCAGUUGGAAACCGCCUUAAUGAGCCCUUAAAAUACAGCAUCUUAAACCCAGGAAAUAAGUUCAGGAUAAAAUCUACCUCAGGGGUCAUUCAGACUACUGGAGUCCCCUUUGACCGUGAAGAACAAGAGUUAUAUGAGCUGGUGGUGGAAGCCAGCCGUGAGCUGGACCAUCUGCGUGUGGCUAGGGUGGUGGUCAGUGUUAGCAUUGAAGACAUCAAUGACAAUUCUCCGGUCUUUGUGGGCCUCCCUUACUAUGCUGCUGUGCAAGUGGAUGCUGAGCCUGGGACUCUGAUUUACCAGGUGACGGCCAUUGACAAAGAUAAAGGUGCAAAUGGAGAAGUGACCUAUAUCCUACAGGAUGACUAUGGCCACUUUGAAAUUAACCCUAAUUCAGGGAAUGUUAUUUUAAAAGAAGCAUUUAACUCUGACUUGUCCAACAUUGAGUAUGGAGUCACCAUCCUAGCCAAGGAUGGUGGAAAACCCUCUUUGUCUACAUCCAUGGAACUGCCCAUCACUAUUGUCAACAAAGCAAUGCCUGUGUUUGAUAAGCCCUUUUAUACAGCAUCCAUCAACGAAGACAUCAGAAUGGACACUCCCAUUCUAAGCAUCAAUGCCACCAGUCCAGAAGGCCAAGGCAUCAUAUAUAUCAUCAUUGACGGGGAUCCUUUUAAACAGUUUAACAUUGACUUUGACACUGGGGUCCUAAAAGUUGUUAGCCCAUUGGAUUAUGAAAUUACAUCUGUCUACAAACUAACAAUAAGAGCCAGCGAUGCCCUUACUGGUGCUAGGGCUGAAGUUACUGUUGACUUGCUAGUUAAUGAUGUAAAUGACAACUCCCCUAUUUUCGAUCAGCCCACAUAUAAUACAACAUUAUCAGAAGCGUCUCUCAUUGGGACACCGGUUUUGCAAGUUGUCUCUACUGAUGCAGACUCAGAAAACAAUAAAAUAGUACAUUAUCAGAUUGUCCAGGAUACCUACAACAGCACAGAUUAUUUUCACAUAGACAGCGCAAGUGGCUUAAUCCUGACAGCGAGGAUGCUAGACCAUGAGUUAGUACAACACUGCACUUUCAAAGUCAGAUCAACAGACAGUGGCUACCCACCACUGAGCAGUGAGGUUCUGGUUCAUAUCCACAUCUCUGACGUAAAUGACAAUCCCCCAGUUUUUAAUCAGCUCAUUUAUGAGUCAUAUGUGAGUGAAUUAGCCCCCCGGGGCCAUUUUGUAACCUGUGUUCAAGCCUCUGAUGCAGACAGCUCUGACUUUGACCGAUUGGAGUAUAGUAUUUUAUCUGGGAAUGACCGCUCCAGCUUUCUGAUGGACAGUAAGAGUGGAGUCAUCACACUGUCCAACCACCGGAAGCAGAGGAUGGAGCCUCUGUACAGUCUCAAUGUGUCUGUCUCUGAUGGCUUGUUCACCAGCACCGCACAGGUGCAUAUCAGGGUCCUUGGGGCUAACCUGUACAGUCCUGCCUUUUCACAAAGCACAUAUGUAGCUGAGGUGAGAGAAAAUGCGGCUGCUGGGACAAAGGUAAUUCAUAUUCGAGCCACAGAUGGAGAUCCAGGGACGUAUGGGAAGAUCAGCUAUGCCAUCAUCAAUGACUUUGCCAAGGAUCGAUUCCUCAUAGACAGCAAUGGGCAGGUCAUUACCACAGAAAGGCUAGACAGGGAAAACCCCCUGGAAGGAGAUAUUGGUAUUUUUCUGAGGGCCCUGGAUGGUGGAGGGAGAACAACUUUCUGCACUGUGAGGGUGAUUGUUGUGGAUGAAAAUGACAAUCCUCCCCAGUUCAUGACAGUGGAAUACAGAGCCAGCGUCAGGGCAGACGUUGGAAGAGGCCACUUGGUCACGCAGGUUCAAGCCAUGGAUCCUGAUGAUGGAGCAAAUUCAAGGAUUACUUAUUCCCUCUAUAGUGAAGCCUCAGUCUCAGUGGCUGACCUCCUGGAAAUCGAUCCUGACAAUGGCUGGAUGGUCACUAAGGGCAACUUUAACCAGCUGAAAAACACAGUGCUAUCGUUCUUCGUCAAAGCAGUGGAUGGGGGCAUUCCUGUCAAGCACUCCCUCAUUCCUGUCUACAUCCACGUCCUGCCACCUGAAACGUUCUUGCCUUCAUUCACCCAGUCUCAGUAUUCCUUCACUAUUUCAGAAGACACAGCCAUUGGGAGCACGGUGGACACCCUGAGGAUUCUUCCCAGUCAGAAUGUUCGUUUCAGCACAGUUAAUGGUGAAAGGACAGAAAAUAACAAAGGGGGCGUCUUCAUCAUAGAACAGGAAACAGGCACUAUUAAGCUUGACAAGCGCCUUGACCAUGAAACCAGUCCAGCAUUCCACUUUAAAGUAGCAGCCACUAUACCCCUGGACAAAGUAGACAUUGUGUUUACUGUGGAUGUAGAUAUCAAGGUAUUGGAUUUGAAUGACAACAAGCCAGUCUUUGAAACCUCAAGCUAUGAGACCAUCAUAAUGGAGGGGAUGCCUGUUGGCACCAAACUCACACAGGUACGAGCUAUCGAUAUGGACUGGGGAGCCAAUGGGCAGGUCACUUAUUCCCUCCACUCAGACUCCCAGCCAGAAAAGAUAAUGGAAGCAUUCAAUAUUGACAGCAACACUGGCUGGAUCAGUACCUUGAAGGAUCUGGAUCAUGAGACAGACCCCACAUUCACCUUCUCUGUGGUGGCCUCUGACCUUGGAGAAGCAUUCUCUCUUUCUUCCACGGCCCUAGUCUCUGUCAGGGUGACAGAUAUAAAUGACAACGCACCGGUCUUCGCCCAUGAGGUGUACCGGGGCAAUGUGAAGGAGAGUGAUCCGCCGGGCGAGGUGGUAGCUGUCCUCAGCACCUGGGACAGAGACACAUCUGAUAUUAAUCGCCAAGUGAGCUACCAUAUUACAGGAGGAAACCCCCGAGGAAGAUUUGCCCUGGGUCUGGUGCAAAGUGAUUGGAAGGUUUAUGUGAAGAGACCGCUAGACCGAGAAGAACAAGACAUCUACUUCCUCAAUAUCACUGCCACUGAUGGGCUCUUUGUCACACAGGCCAUGGUGGAAGUGACUGUCAGUGAUGUGAACGACAAUAGCCCAGUGUGUGAUCAGGUUGCAUAUACAGCAUUAUUUCCCGAAGACAUUCCGUCAAAUAAAAUCAUCCUGAAGGUCAGUGCCAAGGAUGCCGAUAUUGGAUCCAAUGGAGAUAUACGAUACUCACUCUAUGGAUCUGGAAACAAUGAAUUUUUUCUAGAUCCAGAAAGUGGUGAGUUAAAAACCUUGGCCCUGCUAGACCGGGAGAGAGUACCUAUAUACAGCCUGAUCGCUAAGGCCACCGACGGGGGUGGCAGGUUCUGCCAGUCUGAUAUCCGCCUGGUCCUGGAGGAUGUGAAUGACAACCCCCCUGUGUUUUCCUCUGAUCACUAUAAUGCCUGUGUCUAUGAGAACACGGCCACCAAGGCUCUGCUGACCAGAGUUCAAGCUGUGGACCCUGACACUGGCAUCAACAGGAAGGUGGUGUACUCCCUGGUGGACUCGGCUGACGGGGUCUUCUCCAUUGACAGUUCGUCGGGCAUCAUCAUCCUGGAGCGGCCACUGGACCGUGAGCAGCAGUCCUCCUACAAUAUCAGUGUGCAGGCUGCUGACCAGAGCCCAGGACAGGUCCUUUCCUCUCUCACCAUCGUCACCAUCACUGUCCUGGACAUUAACGACAACCCACCUGUGUUUGAGAGAAGGGACUACCUGGUGACAGUGCCUGAGGACACCUCCCCUGGCACCCAAGUCCUUGCUGUUUUUGCCACCAGCAAAGAUAUUGGCACAAAUGCUGAGAUUACGUAUCUCAUCCGCUCUGGGAAUGAGCAGAGGAAAUUUAGGAUCGACCCAAAGACAGGGGAUAUUUCUGUCUCUGACAUCCUGGACUAUGAAUUAUGCAAAAGGUUUUACCUGGUGGUGGAAGCCAAAGAUGGGGGCACCCCAGCUCUCAGUGCCGUGGCCACUGUCAGCAUUAACCUCACAGAUGUGAAUGACAACCCUCCUAAGUUCAGUCAAGAUGUCUACAGUGCUGUCAUCAGUGAAGAUGCCUUGGUGGGGGACUCUGUCAUUCUGCUAAUAGCAGAAGACAUAGACAGCCAGCCCAACAGACAGAUUCAUUUUUCCAUUGUGAAUGGAGAUCGGGACAAUGAAUUUACUGUGGAUCCUGUCUUGGGACUUGUGAAGGUUAAAAAGAAAUUGGACCGGGAACGGGUAUCCGGAUACUCCCUGCUUAUCCAGGCGGUAGACAGUGGCAUUCCUGCAAUGUCGUCAACUGCAACUGUCAACAUUGACAUUUCUGAUGUGAAUGACAACAGCCCAGUGUUUACGCCUGCUAACUACACUGCUGUGAUUCAGGAAAAUAAGCCAGUGGGCACCAGCAUCUUGCAGCUGGUGGUGACAGACAGAGACUCCUUUCACAAUGGGCCUCCCUUUUCAUUCUCUAUUUUAUCGGGAAACGAGGAGGAGGAGUUUGUGUUGGACCCUCAUGGGAUCCUUCGGUCAGCUGUGGUGUUCCGACACAUGGAGUCUCCAGAAUAUGUGCUGUGUGUCCAGGUAUG